AUGGACAGCACAGAGGGCCCUCUGCUCUGCUUCCCCAACCUCAACUCCUCCUGCAGGCGUCUGCUGCGCCCUCGCUCUGACACUGCUCUGCUCUACACCCUGCUGGCCUUUGUCUCUCUGCUCACUGUGACUCUCAACCUGCUCGUCAUCAUCUCCAUCUCCCACUUCCGGCAGCUCCACACCGCGACCAACACCCUGCUCCUGUCUCUGGCUGUGUCCGACCUGGUGGUGGGGCUGCUGGUGAUGCCCAUCGAGGGCCUGCGCUACAUGGAGACGUGCUGGCUGCUGGGGAGGCUGCUGUGUGCUCUGACUCCUUAUGUUUCUUACUGCAUGCUCUCUGCCUCUGUGGGCAGCAUGGUGCUCAUAUCCAUAGAUCGUUAUCUGGCUAUCUGUGACCCACUGCUCUAUUCCUCUAAGAUCACCCUGCACAGAGUUCAAAUAUCAAUCUGUUUAUGCUGGGCCUGCUCUCUUCUCUACAACGGGUGUAUCCUAAUAGGACACUUAGGGCAGCCAGACAGGUUCAGCUCCUGCCACGGGGAGUGUGUGGUGGUCAUCAGCCACACCUCAGGAACUGUUGAUCUCUUUUUUACAUUUGUCGGGCCCUGUACUGUCAUGGUUGUUCUCUAUAUGAGGGUGUUUGUGGUUGCCAUCUCUCAGAUGCGUGUCAUUCGGCUGCAGACUGCUGCUACCGCUGGCACUGCAGCUCCAACCGCUAAAAAAUCAGAGAGGAAGGCAGCCAGGACUCUUGGCAUUGUGAUAGCUGUGUUUCUAUUGUGCUUCUGCCCGUAUUACUAUCCCGCUCUAGCAGGUGGGGACACCUCCACGAGCUUGUCAUACUUUGCAGUGUUGUCUUGGAUCAUGUUGUUGAACUCCUGUGCAAACCCUCUGAUUUAUGCUCUGUUCUACCCCUGGUUUAGAAAAGCUAUCAAACUCAUCUUCACACUGAAAAUACUGCAGCCUCACUCCCGGGAGAUCAAGAUCCUGUAG